AUGUCAGCAGUCCAGGAAGAAGUAGUGAACAAUUUGAAGGUGAUUAUCGCCGAAAAUUUGAAAACUCUACCUAAUUUCAAUGAAGAUGUCAACUAUGUGGCAGAAUAUAUUGUACUUUUGAUGUCCAACGGAGGAAAUGUGGAAUCUGUGGUUCAAGAGCUCGCGUCUCUGUUUGACACUGUCUCCGCACAGGCUUUCCAAUCGGUUGCACAAAAUGCAUACAAAGCCAUGGAGUACUUGCAGAACGGAGACUCCCUGGAGACGACAGUAAAUAAGCUAACGGGCCAGCACGCUUCACAAACGCAACAGAAAACACCUCCGCUACAAGAAGAAGCACAACAGCAAUUACAACAGCAACCGCCCCAAGUUCAGCAACAGCAGCCACAACAGACAUCAGACGUUUCUAAUCAGUUUGGAUCCGGAACGGAAAGUUCUAUUUACGCUUCCACCAAUACGGCUCCUUCGCAACCAAAAUCAGCGUUUGAAGGUCUGGUCAACAUUUCAGCAGGGCCAAAACGGUCUGCAUACUCUGGAACUAACUCUCAAAGUCGCGGUGGUGUUACCAAAUCUGGAGCACGCGGUGGCCGUCAAGAACGCUCGGAGAGAGGCGGUGGUACGAAUAAAGCAGGAAAUACGAGACGCAAUAACGCCAACAGCAACGCCCUGGCAAUGGCUCUCGGUCUUGACAACUCAAAUGUGAAUAUUGUGAACAAGAAACAGGGACGGUGCCAAGUCUUUCCUCGUUGUCCGCUGGGUAAGAACUGUCCGCAUUCACACCCAACGCAGGCAUGCAGAGACUAUCCUAACUGUUCUAAUCCUCCGGGAACUUGCAACUAUCUACAUCCUAACGAGGACGUGGAGCUCAUGAAAGAAAUCGAGAGGACUCGCGAGGAAUUCCGCGAAAAAAGAGCUGCUUUUGCCGCUGCUAAAAACAACAACGAACGUACUGGUAUCGUUCUGUGUAAAUUCGGAUUACUGUGCACCAACCCACAGUGUCCAUUUGGUCACCCUACACCGGCCAAUGAUGUUGCGAAGGUGAUAACAUUCGCGUGGUGUCCAGAGAACUUGAACUGUCAAGAUCCUGGCUGCAAUAAAGCUCACAGCUCAUCCUCGAAAAUAAAAGAUGUCGCACCGGUCGUAUCGCGCAAACCACAGAGACCUCCGGUUGAGAAAUCGCUCGAACAGUGUAAGUUUGGUUCCAACUGCACGAACAAAAGAUGCAAGUUCAGACAUGCCCGUUCUCAUAUUAUGUGUCGUGAGGGUGCAAACUGUACCAGAAUCGAUUGCUUGUUCGGUCAUCCAAUUAAUGAAGACUGUAAAUUCGGAGUCGGCUGUCGAAACAUCUAUUGUUUGUACAAGCAUCCUGAAGGAAGAGAAGUACCUCAAAAACCUUCGCAAACUUCCAACUCUCAAAACACCUGGGUGAAUCCCGAACUGCAAGGAGGAAACUCAUCAUCUAAUGAGCGUCCUUUUGCGGUACCGGACAAUCAAGUUACUGAGUCGAUGCCAUCUCAGGAAAACGAUGCCAUCAUGGGAUAG